GUCUUUCAUAUCAAAAUUAGUGUACAUACUAUGCGCCACAUGUAUGGCCCGAUUCAAGUACUAUCACGCCUGGAUCCUCGGCGAAGUCAUUUGCAACGCCAGUGGACUCGGAUUUGCAGGUUUCGACACCAACGGCCGACCCGAUUGGGAGCUCAUGUCUAACAUCGAUAUAUUCGGCUUUGAGUCGUGUGUUGUCUCAUAAGCCCUUCCACUCCAUCCCAACGCCCAC